CACGCGAGAUUCUACUAUUGUAGUCGCUGCCUGUUAAUAGCGUACUCUGGUUAUUGGUGUUGGUUUGUUUGAUUAAAAAUUCUCGCCAUCACAAACUCCGCCCAAGAGCAGACUGCUGUCGCCACACACCAAGGUUUCGGACAAAUUCAAGUUUCCUCCCCCAGGUCAGCCACCCCCAGAGAUCAGCCCUCUCCCACAGGGUAGCAUCAGAGGCUGCAGUUGGUUGGAAUCCCAAGCCACCAGACCCAGUCUAGCGCGGAGACGUGCCUGCUUUCCACGUCUCACAUGCGUAAAGCCUUGCCAGGCUAAAAUAAGACCUGUCACGCGAGGUGGCCACAGCCAGUGACGGCCUCGUUCUUGCCCGCCGCCCAGGCUGUGAGGCUCGAGCUGAAGUUGAGUCGAGAAAUGGUGGUACAAUAGGUAGGCGCAGCUAGGCAGAUGGAACCAUGUUAAAUACGACACCAUGUGCCACGCUGGCUGUUGCUUCUUGUUUGUCACAUUUCAUUCAAGCUUGCAACCGCACCUAUGGAUAUCGCUACAGAAUUCUAUCGAUCGCAAAUCGGAGGCGGCUCCGUCAUCAGCUACGGCUAUACCGACGACCCGGGGAAGCUGCUCCUCAAGGAUAUCUACUACUUCUUCAAGUACUGUUGGGCGCUGCCAUGGAUUGUGUGGCCACUGUCGCCGUGCUCGUCGGGGCCACUGGCUGAGCUGUAUCCGAGCGCGAAGAACAUAUUUUGUAUCUUUAUACACGUCAUUUUGAUCAUCCUACAGCUUGCGUUUCUCUGUGGAGGUGUGCUCAUGUUUAUUUUUCCCAUGUGGAUGAGUGUGCUGUACGUGGCUGGCUUUGCGCUGCUGAAUUGGAUGCUCAGCCGCAUGCUCAACGGACGCCAAAUUACGUAUACUUCAGACGAGAAAUAUGCCAAGGCUAAACCUGAGCAUGCACAUGAGCAGUGGAUCUUUUUAAACGGCGUGGCUGUCGGCGAGCAUUGGAUGAAGAACAAUCUUAACCGACUUGCUCUGACAUUUGGUCGACCGAUCCUGGGUGUACACAAUCGAACCAGCGGAAUCAUCUUUGAUGUUAUUGAAUGUCUAAUUCAGCGCAACUGCUCGUAUGCCACUGACGAUGUCCGCCUUGCCUACCGAAUUGUCAAGGAGGCGCUGUAUGAUACUGAAAAGACAAAGGUAAUCUUUAUUCUACAUUCUCAGGGAGGCAUUGAGGGCGGGUUGGUAUUGGAUUGGCUCUUGCAAGAGAUGCCACAGGAUCUGUUGGCCAAACUGGAGGUUUACACAUUUGGAAACGCAGCGAACCAUUUCAACAAUCCCCAUCGCCGUCUCGAAUCCCAGCGGUUGACGUCAAGAAGUCCGGUCGAAGCGAUUGCCACGCUCAUGACAGAAACGAGCUAUACCACUCCAAACAGCAGCCCUGUCGAGAGUCGAAACCCAGGACCCCUGACACUGACAUCGCAGUCAUCUCAUGCCUCAACCCGAACAUUAUCGGCCGCAAAAGACCGCGCUAUCGGACAUAUCGAGCAUUACGCGCAUAAUACCGACUUUGUCGCCAUCUGGGGCGUUUUACACUUUUCUACAAACAGAAUGCAGUCGCCGCAACUGCCUCGCUUUCUUGGGCGCCUGUUCAACCGGUCUACUAGAAGAGGAGGGCACCAAAUGAACCAGCAUUACAUGGACGGCAUGUUCCCCCUCAAAAAGGACCCUGAAACAGGAGAAUUUAUUGGCGCAGAUGAUAACAAUCCGUUCAUGGAAGAAAUCAUCAAGUUCGGUACCGAAGGCGCUGCCAUGGAUAACGCACGAGAAGCCUUUGAUAUUACAUAUGCUGGCACGCAUGGGUUUGGCACUGGCGCCGUAACUACGCCCGUUGAAGUCCACGGUGCAGGUGGAAGUCGUCGUGAUCGUAAGAAGGAUAUUCGGGUCAAGGACGUCAGUCGGCUUUGGCUGUAUCGCAACGGACGGAGCCCAGCAGAGAUGACGGCGGUUGUGGAAGGCGUAGUGCGAACAAUUACCAUGUAACAUGCGUGUUACCGUUGGUGCCAUGUCAUGACUGUUUCGGGGCAUUUCCUGGAGUUAUGGGGGGCGGUGCCAUUGUAUUAUCAGUAACGGGGUUACGUUGACGGAGACGGGUAACGGCUUUGUUAGUUCAUGCUUGGUCACACUGCCGAGACUGGUGUGUGUGGCUGAUGCUCAUUCCGAAUCAAGUCCUUUCUUGUACGACACGUGGCGUUGGAUUUCCUUUUUGGAUUUUCUUAAUUGGCGCCCGCUAUAGAGAGGCAACAGUGUUCGGGGCAGCCGGUGAAUAGUUUAAAGGCCAGUGCAGCACUAUGCAGGAACGCGGGGACGAUGCAACGUAAAGGCGCUAACCUCUGCAGUCAGCUAACUUGUGUUCGUUCUGGGCUUGGUUCUAAGAAUCCUGUGAAAACUUUUCUUCUUUGCGAGCAACAAUAUUUAGAAAUGAGGCUGACUGGGCUGGAGCCAUGUGGCGUAUAUUGGGAUGGAAUAUUGUUGGUGUUUUCACUUUAAAGGGGGGCGGCAGAUGGCAGCUGGCGAGGGGCACACGUUAGAUUUGGCGGGGCAGAGUGGGCUGAUGUCGCUGCACGUUGGAUGAGCGCCAAUCUAGUGACUGUGUCUUUGGGGGGGCCAGCGCAGAGAAAGGAUGAAUUAUUUGUUGAACAAUUGCAAUUAGGAAAUAUUACUAGGAUUUCGAUCGAAAAGAUUCGGGACCGCGGAGAAUGGCACACGUGGUGUACCAGGUUGUAAGCACCAUCCACCGUAUUAGGGGGAGCUAGCAGUGCGAUUAGUGGUUUUUAGCGAGCCUUAGCGGAGGGGCAACAUAAGUCAGUUGAUAUCAAAAGCGG